GUCAUAAAACACUACUUUCACUGACUGUGUGCAUACGAGUACGCACACCAUGGCUAAGCGCAUCAGCCUGCAGGGUGCGAACCUCCUGAGAAGAAACCUUUGCCAGCCCAAUCGUCUACGACCAUUCACGUUACGAACUUUCUCAACAAAAGCAGAACCACCGCACUACUCCUACGAUACAAUCAAGAAGCGGUUGGAGGCACAACCUAAUCUAGUACGACAAUUCGAGGAGGCGUUAAUCCAAUUAGAUAUAGCCAAGGGCCGUUGGGUAGAUAUUCAUUAUGGCGAUGACGCAGAGUCAGUACUCUCUGACGUCUCCAUCUCAGAUUUACAGGAUAAAGAUAUGCGAACCGAUCUUUCUGAGCUCUUUGGGAUACCUUACUUAGCUACAGCCUCGAAACAAGAAGCUGAUGAAGCUCAAAAAACACUGCAAGGGAUGUUAUUUGGCCCCAAAAGGCGACCAGUUGUUGCCAGCACUGUACGAUUCGAGGGACAAUGUAAAUGGGUGUUUUUCAUGGUUAAUACCGGAGCAUACUACACAUACCUGUCAUCCCAAGCUUACCAAGCUCUUGGACUUCACGAGAAUGACCAAGUUCUUGUUACGCUUGCUGGCCACUAUCACAACGUGCGCAUGUCUCCAAGGAAUUCCCACUUUCAAGAUCUAAAUUUCUUGGGAUGGGAUUUUUUGCUCCGCAAUGACGUGAGUAUAAGGUCAGAUAGGAAGAACAAGACCAUACAGUUGCUCUUCGAGGGCUAGGUCAUAGCAAGGGGUACGAUGCCGAGGAUUAGGAUAUUUAAUUGAUUACAGAGACAUUACAAAGGGCAGUAAAUCAAAAAUUAAAGAUAUUUAUUAAGUCUUCGCAACUUAUACUGUGAAAACAGUAGGUGGCCAGGACUAUUUCCGGCUUCCUUAUUAGGCUGAGAGACGGGUUCACAAUGAGAAAUGUUUUUACUUUUCAGUAUUCCUUGACGAUAUCUUACCAUGACAACUUCUCAGCAAUCCAAGUAUCGAAGAUAGUACGGGUUAUUUCAUUAAUAU